UUCCCGCUGCCGGUGUUGGGGGCAGCUGCGGUCCUUCACUGCCGCCCCCCACAAGCGGCUCGAGCCGGGCGGGGGCUGCCUCCCCCUUCCCCCCGCGCCCGGGGUGAUGCCGCCGCCCGCUGCCGCUCCCUGAGGGCUCCCGGCUGCCAGGAUGUGGCAGAGCAUCGGCCUUACGCUGCUGGUCAUCGUGGCCACGCUGGCCUGCGUGUUGCUCUUCAUGCUGUGCGGUUGGUAUGUUGUCUGGCAACUGUUUUUGUCGAAGUUCAAGUUCCUGAGAGAGUUGAUAGGAGAUACAGGAUCCCAGGAGGGAGAUAAUGAGCCUUCAGAGUCUGAAGCUGAGCAGGAGACUCCAUCUACUCCACAGAGAGGAAGACAGAAGUUGCCACGGCAACGAAGAACACCUGCAGAAGAAGCAACUUAAAGCAGAUCUCCUGAGACCUUAUUUCAUCAACAACAAAUGGUUAAGCACCUCUGCACUGUAUGAUUCAGCAAUUUGGUUUUACUGAAAAAAAACUGAGAGGAAAAACAAAUAGCCAUGAACCUUCACUUUUGGACAUCAAGUAUACACUACUUCAGUCAAGGUUCAUGAAGGGCUUCAGCUGUGAGCCAUAUAUGACUAGAGAAAAAGGAGGUAGGGAGAGAGAUCUCUUAGCCUGAGAAAAAGUGAGCAGCUAUAGCUCCAACCCCCACAAAUGUAUGCUACUUCCUGGUCUAUAGGCUUAGCCUUUGUAUUAGUCUGAACAUAGUAAGCAUUUCAGAUUGGAAAUGACUACUAACUUAUUUUUCCUUUAUGGCACUGCAGCUGCUUGUAGUGAAAUUGAGUUUUAUGUCCUUAGCUAUAUAUAAAUAUAUAUUUUCUUCAACCUGUAAAUGCAUGUAAACUUGAAAGAUGUUUAAAGGAUAUCCUGCUUUGGAAAGUAUUCUGAAGUGAGGUUUAGUAACUUUAAGUAUAAAUAAGAAAUCAGUACUAGAUGCACAAGAUGAUGUGGUGGUUUUAAUGUUCUUCCUAAAGGAAAAAAAAAUUGAGUGACAAAGCCUGACUUCCUGGUUCUGAUCUCCAGAAAGCAAAACAAUCCUGAUUUAGACCUCUGUCAUCUUACCUGAUCCUCUGACUUCAUUUUUACUGGGGAUUGGUGUCUGAGAUAAGAACUCAGUGUUCAGUUUUCUGAAGUGACAUCCUUGUUCAUGUUCGAAGCACUUCCCUUUAAAUGUGUUAAUGUCAAGUAUUGGAUGCCAGGCUUUUUUUUCUAGAACCAGUUAAUAAAGAAAUUCUGACCAAUUUGGUGGGCACCACUUUUAACACUUUAUUAGUGUUAUAGCAAUAUGUUUGGUACCUCAUGUUUGGUGCUGGUGUGAUUGCUUGAUGCCAGUGAUUUAGCAGUUGCUCCCAAUUAUACAGUACCUGAAUUCUUUUGGCACUAUUCUUCAAAUAGAAUUAAACUCCAUAUUUCAGGAAUUUUGGAGACCAGUGCUUGAAGUGUAUCUAACAGAGAAGAAUGUGUGUGCUGUCUCGGAUAUUAGAGAGGGUAGAAAGUAAACUUUAAACAAAUCUGCAUGGGGGACAGUUUUAUCUGUCUUAUAAAAAUUGGAUGCAUCUUGUUUAGUUCCAGAGGUGUGUCCUGUAUUUAAAAUUCUGGCCAGCAGGACUAAAGAAAAUGGUCUUAAAACUUCAUAGCGAUUAUAAGUUACAAACCCUUUAUUUCAAGAUUUGUGGACUGGUUCAUGUGAACUUCAAGUAACAGCAGCAACGUGUGGCUCUUCCUUUGAAUAGACUUGUCUGGGAAAAGAGUAAUUUUACUGCCUUUAUAUCUUAAAUUAUCUGUGGAUACUGUUUAAGAGCUAAUGCGGGAGGAUUUGGAAAUGACAGUAUUCACUGAAGUACACUGCAAAGAGCUGCUAUUUUUCCUGAUGUGUCAGUAUUAAAAUCUAAUGCCUGUCCUGACCCUUCCAUGGAAGUUCUAUAUUCUGUCUUUGUUUACCAGCAUGUAUCUAUAAGCAUGCUCUAUAUUACAGGGUUACAUGUUCAAGUAUGGUUUCAUUCACUUUGCACAUAUCUUCUAUAAAAUGUGGUUAAAUGUACUGAUAGUUUUCCUACUCAGUGCUCCUCUCUGGUGAGCCUGGGAGAAGGAAAUAAAAUCUCUGUUGCAGUCAAACUAACCAGAAGAAUUCAGGUUCCUUUUCCACUUGUUUCAAGUGUUUGCCUUGCAGGACAUACCCCAAAACAGAGUGUGUUCGGUGUACAUACAAGUCAUUCCAGGACACUAAACUUUCAACCAAGCAGUGCUAGCCAAAUAUUGGAGCACUUUUUUUUCCUGAAGAUUUUAUUUAAGACAUCUUGUUCUCAAUUUUCAUGUAUUUUAGCCUUCAAAAGGACUGCAGUCUUGUUGUAGGGCAUGAAUACUUUAUGUACAUUUCAGUUGUUAGUGUGUAUAGGAUGUACACAUAUAAAGGCUGAUAUUUCCAGUCUCUCCCACUCAUGGGUAACCCACGUGGAGUCUUCAGUUUCAAACAAUGUGAAGAAAAGUGAAAUUAUAGCAAUACAAAUACCCAGCAAGGUAGCUCUCAAGACGUGAGAUACAGGGACUUUGGAGCAAGUUAAUCAGGGAAAUCUGAACAAGUUUGAGUACUGACACUUUCUUUGAUCAAGUAUGCAAUAAGAUGGAAAUGAAAAUGAAUGAAUAUAGAACUCUGUGAAGUUAGUUUGUCCUGAACUUCUAGCCAGAUACUCUUUUUUUUUUCCCCUCUCUAGGCAUCUGUUUUCCUCCAGGGAAUUCAUAGCCAGUCUGUCUUUUUUGUAAAAAGUAGCCAAUACUAUUUUACUAAUGCUGCUGUGACCUAGCUGCCAAUAACACUAAAUCUGCCUACCUUAUAACACUUGUGAUCCGUGACCAUAAGGUUUAUAUUAUGGGUUUAGUAAGAAUUAUGUCACUUGGUAAUGAGGAUGUUAAAGUAUACAUAAAUAGAGGAAAAUUCUCCUUUUUUUGCAGGUGUCUCAAGUAGAAACUUCCAUGUUUGGGGGUUUUACACAACAAGGCUGUAUUUGUGGAAGUGUACAUGUGAAAAGUUGUAAGUUAUAGGUUUUGCCAGUCCAGUAGAACUCAUGUUCUUUUCUUAAAUGCUUUUCUGGACAGUUUCACCAAAUGUACGUCUAAAGUAUUCCUGUUGUACCUGAGCACACAUUUUGGAAUUAAUGAGUGCAAACUAAUCUUUGGUAAGGCAAAAGUUUUAACUGACCAAGAGUAUCUGUGUUUAAUGGGAUAUGUUUUCUAAAUACAUGCCUUAUUAUUGCAGCCAUUUUACUGAAUGUACCUUGGGUUUUUCUUUGAGCUAAUAAUUUUUUUCAAAGUUACUCAUAUUGCUUUUAUAGAGGGGGCUGUAAUACGUUGAUCAAGCAGCAGUUACCUGUUUUGUACACAAAACAGUUAGUUGGAAAAGGUUACUGCCAUGGAUUCUAGAGCAAGCACAUAAUGUCUGUUGGAAAUAGAUGAAAUUAUGGUUAACAGUUCAGGAGAAAAAUGAGGACAGUUGCAUCCCCACAGAAUUUUGUUACGAAGAUUGCAUAAUUUAGACCUCUUAAGGAGCUGAUAAUGUCUUUUAUCAUGGUGACUUCAUGUUUGCCGAAGAGGCUUAUUCUAUGCAGUUCACUCAUGAAGCACUGCUGCUGUAGCUAUUUGCAGUAAAUGCCAUAUACUGUCCCGCAAUCGGUGAGCAACUUGCUGCUUAACAUCAGGUUUUAAACUGAACUAGACUUGUGUAUGUUUCAACUUUUUUAGGUUGUUUGAAAUGACCAGGAUAAAAAACAAAAACACAUUCAAUGUGGUCAUUGCAUCUUCAGUGUUAACUGUUAAGAUACUGUACUUAAUGCUUUUGUGGUUUGUCUGUAUUCAUUAUGUUAACUGUUCUUUUAAACUGACUGCACAGAUAACUUAACAAAAAAUAAAAUAACUAGACUUGUG